GUCAAAUUGAAAUAAAAUAAAAACAAAACCUUCGACUUUCGACGGAAUUCAGUUAUCGGAAAUAGAUCAAAAUUUUCAGUACGACACCAGAAGCAGAGAGUAAAUCCAUAGACCCAAUUCUCAUCGGCCGGUAGAUGGAAGCAAGGAAAUGCCCGCCGGCGGUCGAUCCCUGCCCCGUGCGUCAGUUUCUCGCACGGCAGGCCGAGGCGCAGGCCAAGCAGCGCCAGAGCCUCAAUCAGUAUCUGGAGAAGACCAUGUCUGACUUUCCGCCACACCAACAGGUGGCCACAUCCACAGCUCCCACCGCUGUCGGCAGUUGUCCGUGCGUGAGGGCCAGCCGGAGGCCGAGCGCCUGCAUUCUGGAGCAGUUUGUCGGCGGUGGACGCAAACAGGAGCAGCGCAUGCUGGUGCCGGAUCUGGCCACCGAUUGGUUUCGCAAACAGAAGGUUUUCCUGGACAAGAUCGGGCCGGAGGAGUUGCUGCAGGAGCAGGAUCAGGAGGAUGCGCCAGAGCAGCGGCUGUCGGAGAGUCGCUGCUCCUGCCCGGUCACAAAGCGGAGCCGAGGCCAGUUGAGGGAGGGACAGCUGCAGGGCAGGCCCACAUGCGGCUGCAGGAGCAGGAGAAGGAGCAGGAGCAGGAGCAGGGGAAAGGUAGCAGUGCCACCUGGAGACGAUUCGCAGCAGCAGUGGCGGUUGGGCAAGCAAAUUGCCAGCAGUCGGUCCAUCACGCUGUGCAAGCCAAAUGUGGCAGCAUGUGGACCCGAGGCCAGAAGCAGGAGCAGAAGCAGGAGCAGGAGCAGAAGCAGGAGCAGAAGCAACAGCCGGAGUAGGAGCAGAGCUGGCGGUCAGAGUCCUCCUCCUCCUCCUCCUCCUCCUCGUCGACGACGACGACACAUUGUGCGGCGUAGCAGCUGCACCUGCCUGUGCCGCUGUCCCAGCCAGUCACUGUUCCAGAGCGACGGCCAGCCCAUGUCCAGGGAGUGCCAGCUGGCGACGCGGCGCACAGAGCCGCUGAUGCCGUGUCUGCGCCGCAAAUAUGAGCUGCGGGAGGCGCCACAGCGUCGCCUGAAGCCGCAGCACUUUCGCCGCAUCUCGCCAGAGUUCUUUGGGUUACUCAAGCACUACGAGGAGGCAAUGACCGAGAGCUGUCCGCUCUAUGGCAUCUCCAUGCGGCACUGGGGCGAAUCGGCGCCUUACUGCAUGUGCGAGGAGACAAACGAGAGCCCGGAGCACCAGCAGUGCCUGGGCGAUGAGUCGGUCCAUGCAGCGGACCAUGCAGUGCCCUUCAUGCCCUCCGCAUCGGAUGUGCCACAGAUGGAGUAUCUGCCAGUGGAGGAGCAAGAGAAAGCGCCCUGCGGCAAUGAGACAUGUCCCACCCGAAGGCAGGAACCAGCACCAGCUACGACUACAGCUAAAGCUACAGCUCCAGCGCCCACGGAGCGUAUACGCUUCAAGGAAAAGCCAAGGCCAUGGACAAGAGAGCCGCAAGUGGAGCCGCAAGAGUCCCCCAUGGAGCCCGAGGAGCAGCAGCAGCAGCAGCAGCAGCAGCAGCAGAAAAAGAAAAGUGGCUUCAAGUGCUGCUCCUGCUGGUCCAAGGAUCCCCUCCAGGAUGAUGAAGAGCAACUCCCGAAGAUGGAUAAGAAAGCAAAGAAGGAGAAGAAGGAGAAACCAGCGAAACCAACGAAGAAUCCCUAUCCGGCUCAAACAUUUUUUGGUGGAUUUGCUGGCCUCUGCAGGCGCUGCCUGCGCUCCGGCCGCCAUCUGCUGUACAGGCACAACUCAAGCUAUCAGCGGAUGCGUCGCCAGAAUCAGAAUCAGGGCUACCACAGAGAGCCAGCACCGCCGCCCAUUCCAUAUCAUAUGCGAGGAGUGUGUGGCCAUGAGCCUGCUGUCUGGCAGUUCGAGGAGCAGCAACUGGCAGAACCAACAGCAGCGCAACCCGAAUGGCAGCCAUCGGAGGAGGCAGCAGGCGGCAGCAGCAGCACCACCACAUUGAGACCCUCCAACAGCUGCGAAUGCUGCUACGGUUCCAGCUCCAAUUCCGAUUGCAGUUCCAGCUGUGGCACGCUCUGCAUGAGAAAACGCAGCCAGGCGGGUGCCUGCAACAUCGACGGCAGCCCCUCAUCGGCCAUUUGGACACUGCAGAAGCGCAGCUCGAGGCCGCUCAAGCGUCGUUUUGUCAAUGAGAAUUUCGGCAGAAGGCGACUGGAGCGCAACGAACAGAUCAAGGGCGGAGAGGAUGGAGGCGGCACGAGGCUGAGGGACGAGCAGACAUCAUCGUUUGUGGAGGGAUUCUGCCUGAAGGUGAACAAACAUGGCACGAGGGCCUGCUAUCUGGCCAACGAUUAUCUGCAGCUAAUGAAAAUGGUGGCCAGAAAGCGGGCCCGCCACGAUUGCCUCAAGACGAAGAAGACCACCUGCCGCCCGAAGCCAGAGCCCAGUCCAAGGCCCACGGCCCGAGCACGACGCGUGUCGCCGCGAAGCAACCCAGCUGCCCGGCCGUCAAGUCGCCAACGUGCGCCAUCUGCCGUAGCCGCAAAGCAAACAAAGGCUUCCAGUGAUGCCAGACAGUUCAGAGAGGUCAGAGCUGCCAGACAGUCCAGAGCGCCUACAGAUGUUUCGGAUGGUGCACGCAGCUUGCAGGCGGAUUUGGCCUUGUGCAGCGGCAAUUGCAAGGCGGAGCGAAGGAAAUGCACCAACUGCCCGAGGAUCGUGGCAAGCAGGAAGCAAUCCGUGCCACGUGGCAACUACAACUCAUCGAGUCCCACCGCCACCACCAGCGCCAGUCGCGGUCCGAGUCCAAGUCGAAUGCGCAGUCCCGCCAGCAGGAACGUGCAAAGAAAAUCCUCAGCCUCACCCACACGAAGCGUGAAAAAGAGAAGACUCCACAAAGCGGCGACACAGAGGCAGGAGAGGGAUGUGGAGAUGGAAACGGAAACGGAGACUGCAGACCAUCGCCAGGUGUCAAGCAGCGAUAUGAAGGAGGAAUAUCCAUCGAUCCAUGAGCAGCAAGAGCACUCCGUGGCGAUGCUUAAUCCAUCCAAUUCGUAUCCAAGCGAAUGUCUGUGCGGAAAAUAUUCCUAUUCGAAUGCGGCAACGAGUGGCAGUCAGCCCCAAGACUUUCCCAAUUGGCAGAAUCAACAGGAAAGGGCACAGGCAUGCCCCGAGCAGUGCCCUGGAUGGAGGGAGGGAGAGCAACUGGAGCCUUCAGUGGCAACACGUGAGGCUGAAUGGUUGGAGGAGCGACACUCAGCAGCUGCAGAAAAUCCUUCCGAAUGGAUCCCAGAGGAGAAGCAGCAGCAGGAGCUGGAGGAGCCAGUGCUGCUUAGCGGCAGUUGCCAUAAUUAUGAUUGUCCCUUUUGGCGUACUGUGCCGGAGGAGGAAGGCUUCUAUUCACAGGCGGGAGGCUAUGAUCAGGACGAUCAGGAACGGCCAAACGUGGAGCAGGGACAGCAACAAUCCACAACGAAGAAGCAGCUUAAGGGCCUGUCCGCGGCCUACAAACUUCGACCGCCGUGCAGUGGAGCAUUGCGUUGGAUUGCCAAUGGAUUCACCAGCUCACGCAGGGGCUCCCACAACGAGGCAGUGCCACGGGAACGGGAAAGGGAAAGAGGGAGAGCAACAGCAGCAGCAGCAGCAGCCCCCCAAAAGACCAGAGACAAGGGACGUCGCUACUACACGGAAACGCAACCAAAAUUGUGGUACGAUGAGAAUGCCGGGCUGGAGGCUAUGAUGAGCGCGAGCCUACGAUCGCGUCACUCACGCUGCUCGAUACGCGCACUCAGCUCCAAUACGACGACCAUAGCGUGUCCCUGCACGCCAACACCAUCGAUAGCCAGUGAGGAGCAGCUGGUUCUGGCGAUGCCAGAUGCCAGAUGGGGAAAUCAGCAGCAGCAGCAGCCGCAGCCGCCGCCGCCACAGAGGGAGAAGCAGAGGGAGACACAAAGGAAGAAUCCAGUGAAUCAGCCACAGCGUGCGACACAAAGGGAAGCGGAAACUCCUCCCAUGAAGCAAACACAAAGGCAAGCUCCUCCGAUGAAGCAGCCACAGAGGGAGACUUCGUUAAGGCAGCCACAGAAACUGACUCCUCCGAUGAAGCAGCCACAAAAGGAUGCUCCUCCAAUGCAGCAGCCACAGAUGCAGCUCCAACAUGAUUUGGAGCUCUCAAAUCCAAACCAAAACCACAACGAACCGAAUCGCUACAUGCCCUACGAGCUGCAGCAGCAACAACAUUAUCAUCAGGCGGCUCUUUAUGUCCCAAUGAUGAGUGCUACUGCUGCUGUUCCUAGUCCUAGUCCUGCUCCUUGGGCUAGGCCCCUCAACUUUCCCAUGAACUGUGGCAAGAAAAUACCCAAGCUGUUGAGCAACGAGCCGCUGGAUCUGAAGCAUACGCUCAUGGCCAAGCGGGAGGCAAAGCGGGAGGCUAAGCGGAGUCCCAAAUGGAUGCAACACAAUCAUGCGCCGCUCACACUGCGCACCGCCAGGCCACGGGCCGAGGCCUACUACGAGGGCAAGAUGCGACGGCGCUGCCUUAAGUUUAUGCUUAGCAUCGAGCAGAACAAUCCCCCGAAAUCGAAGCCAUCGGCGGCGGCAACUGCCGAGCAGCAGGAGCAUUGGUCUGUCAACGAGGCGCAGGAACAGGAACAGCAGCAGCAGCCAGCUGAGGAGCAGGAAGAGGAGGAGGAACAGCAACAGGAGCCGGAGCCGGAGCCGGAGCCGGAGCCUGAGACGGAGCCCUGCGAGGAGCAUGUGUGGUUCGGCGAGCCCAGCUAUGAGGUCGAUGAGGGUCCAAAAUGGAACCAAACGCGUCGCUCGGACUCCGGCAGCGUGCUACAUCCUGGCAUGCGCACUGAACAUCCUUUGAAUCAAUGGCAGUAUCCAGAUCCGCACGAUCCCUACUCGUAUCGUGAGCCCGCGGUGCCUUAUCAAUGCACCAAUUGGGAUACACCGCAACACCACACAAGGCAGCAGCCACAGCCACAGCCACAGCCUCAGCCGCUAAACAAUCCGAAUUAUUCGGAGCCACAGUCACAGCGACAGAGACUGCGUCAGGCACAGGAAGAGGCACUGCGGCAGACACAGCGUCAGCCUCAUCGGCAGGAGCAACGCCAGGAAGAGCAUCAGCAUCAGCAUCAGCAUCGCCAGGAAGAGCAUCAGCGUCAGCAUCAGCCUCCGCGAAAGGACGUGGCACAGCCUCAGCGUCAAGCACAGCGUCAGCAACGACAGACACAACCAGAGCUCCAGCUCCAGCCUCAGAGACUGACUCAACCUCAUCUCCAUUCCCAUCGCCAGCCGCAACCUCAAGCUCAGAUCCUACAUCAGCGCCAGCCGCAGCCACCGACGCAGCACGAGAAUAAUGUCAAACGGCAUUGGCGCAUACCUAGAUCUGUGUCCGAGACCAGACCCUUCUACGAUGAGGAGGAGGAGCUGCCAAAUAAUUGGCAUAAGAACGCACCACAGCCGCCGGUAUCGUAUAUGAUGCCACACAACGGCAGGACUGACCAUCGCGGCAGCAGGCAACGGACAACACAGCGACAGAGCGCCGGAGCUAUUACCGCGGCCGCACUGGGACUGAGGGGCUUGGUGGAAGCUUUGGGCGGACCCAGAUACGCAAGGAAAUCCACGGCUUCGAUUGCUGACGAGUCCAGGGAGCGAGAGGCUGUGACGACCAGAAUUCAGCCCAUGGACUACUCACAGGAGCAGCUUGACUUUACGGUGGAGCCACCAGAAGCGACGGCACAUAGCGGUGCAGCAGCAGCCCGCAGCUAUGACAGCUGGGAGCAGCGAACCAGGACAUGCCCUGCAGCCUUUGUGGCCCGUGACAGGCGUUUCAAUAGCUACACGCAUCCUCCACCAGCAACACCAGCAGCCAUGGUCAAAGAGGAAAGUCCCUGCCAUCUGUCCCUGUUCGCUGUGCCCACGUCCAGCAGCAAUUUGGCGUGGCGAACCACAACGAGAGCGCGAAUGCCAGGAGGCCAAGAGGAGGAGCUGCGACGUACGCAAGUGCCGCCAGUCUCGAUCCACUCCGAUCUGGACUUUGACACACAUUCCAACAGCAGCCCCGAAGGCCGAUUGUACGGAUAUCAAGAUCCGCUACCAUACAUGGCAACGACCGAGGACACUGGCGUUUCGCCCUGCCCACUGUCUGAGAUAAAGUCUGAACCCCCUGCAACACGUCGCAGGUUUCCAGCCACACCGCUGGUCAUUCCGCCCACCUACAAUGCCCUGCUGGAGGAGCAAAUACUUCAGGAAUAUCUGCCCACACCCAAAUGCAGACCACGGCCACACAGAGCCUGAAUACCACCAACGAGUAGCCGUAGGCAUAGCCUCAGCCUCACAGCGUUUCAAAACAAAGAACAAAUAAAUAGCUCACAAUUCCCAUUAAAGGAAGAA